UCUCCUUCCAUGGUUUUAAUUCUCCCAUUGAAGCUAAAGAACAAAAGGGAACUUGCUUCAUGCAAGGGACUCGGUCUUAGUGCAGUUUCUAACAAGUUAAGAUGGAUCUCCUCCACAGCCAUGGCGUGCUCAUAAUUCAGCAUUUGCAGAAGGAUUACAGGUCAUACCAGAGCUUUCUAAACUUCAUGUCACAUGUCGGAGAUCCUCGGAACAUUUUUUCAAUUUAUUUUCCUCUUUGGUUCCAGCUUAAUCAAGUGGUUGGGACAAAAAUGAUCUGGGUGGCAGUGAUCGGUGAUUGGUUUAAUCUUAUAUUUAAAUGGAUUUUAUUUGGUCAUCGUCCAUAUUGGUGGGUCCAGGAAACAAUGAUCUAUCCAAACCAAACUAGCCCAUGCCUUGAGCAGUUUCCUAUAACAUGUGAAACAGGACCAGGAAGCCCCUCUGGACAUGCCAUGGGGUCAUCAUGUGUCUGGUAUGUGAUGGUGUCAGCAGCCCUGAGCUACACGGUGAGGCAGAAAGGGGAAUCAACCAUUAAUCUGCACAGACUCACCUGGUCUUUCCUGUGGAGCAUGUUCUGGAUUAUUCAGAUCAGUGUGUGUGUCUCGAGAGUCUUCAUAGCAACACAUUUCCCUCACCAAGUCAUCCUUGGAGUGAUUGCUGGCAUGCUCGUUGCUGAAGCUUUUGAACAUGCCCCAGCCAUCCAAACAGCAAGUUUAAAAACAUAUAUCCAGACAAACGUGUUCCUCUUUGUUUCGGCUCUCGGCUUUUACUUGGUUCUGAAGCUUAUCGAUAUAGAUCUUUUGUGGUCUAUUCCGAAGGCAAAGAAGUGGUGUGCCAACCCAGAGUGGAUCAAUAUUGACACGACUCCAUUCGCCGGACUGGUGAGGAACUUAGGUGCCCUGUUUGGGCUAGGCCUCAGCAUUAACUCUGAGAUGUUUAUCUUGGGUUGUAAAGGUAAACAUGGCUAUAAACUGAGUUUCAGGAUGUUAUGCAUAGCUACAUCCUUAGCCACGCUGCAGCUCUAUGAUUUUAUCAAGAUACCCACCCACACAGAGUAUCUGUUUUACAUCCUUUCUUUCUGUAAAAGUGCAGCCAUACCGCUUACGGUAGUGGCCUUCGUUCCGUAUUGCAUAUACUUGCUCAUGAAGCCAACAGAAAAGAAGUUUCCGUAGACAGUAUGGCCUUGGAAGAUCCUGGGACAUCUUAAGAUGCCAAGGAUGCUCUGUGGCUGAAGACUCAAACAGUUAUUUCACUUUCUCUCACUCUCCAUUCCGAACAAUGGUGGGUAUAUUUCUGAUUCGUAAAAACGAAAAGACGCUUACACCCAGGAGUGAGAUUCUCAUACCAGAAAUAAUGAUCGGUUAAGACCCAAAUACUGACAAUUAGAACGUUACAACAUGGCUGCCUGAGCUUCCAACAGUUAUGAAAAGUUUGUAUAUAUGUAUGUAUUGGUAGUCAAAGCAUGCUGGAUUUUUUCCUGCCCUGAAACUGAAAAGUGCUUCGCCUACCUGCUCCUCUGUCUCAGCCCGGGAGAUGUAUAGCUUUUCUCAGCACUGCAUUUUAUGUAUGUGUGUGGGCAUGUGUACAUUUGUACAGUUACUAGUAAACUAAACUUGCAUUCUGCAAGCACCUACCUAUGUUUCUGGCGACCCCUAGAGCUCAUACUUCCCUCACAUCUAAGCCUUAAGCAACUCUGUGACCUGUGUGUGGCUUAUUUUGCUCUCUGCUGAAAUGCUGACAUCUAUUCUGAGGUAAAUGUCAUGACCCAAGUUGUUACUGUUGAGACCCAGUAUAGUAAUUUUUCAGACUUUUCUAUUAAUCAGUGUUUUGUGGACUGUAUAUGUGCCAAAUUUCAGUUUGCUAGGUGACCCAGAAUUUCCACAACCUUUUGGGAGUAUAUAUAUUUUUGUCUUGUAUCUUCCCGUCCCCUAGGUUUUAGUGAGAGAUAGAGGCUACAACCCUAUACUCACUUAGCUGGGACUUAAGAGUCAGUGAACUCAAUGGGAUUUCAAGUAGAAAUGUAUAGGAUUUGCACUGUUACUCUCUGCCUUUCAGAGCCUUUCAGUUUUUUUUCAGGUAACUGUUGAGUGUUUUGGACAACGAAUGUGUAAACUUUCAGCUUUCUGGGUAGCCUGGAAGAUGCUCAAUCAUUUUAGGGUCUUCUUUGAAUCCUCUGUUUUGUGGGAGCUGUGUACAAAUGUCCCAUUUCAACUUUGUGUAGCAACUGGGGUGCUUUGGACUAUACAUGUACUAAAUGUCAAGGCUUUACAAUAUCGGGGGUCAUUUAUUCACUGAAAAGAGAGAAAACAAGUGAUUAAUAUUCACUAAAAUUAUGCUAUUAUAUGAUACAACUUAUCUGGAUCACAUAAUGAUUUGUGAGGUAGCUACUAGUAAAAUGCUGUCCUCAGAUUUUUCCAAGAAUGUGAAGCAAAAGUAACUACUUAGUUGGUCAUUACAUAGCAGGAAGGCAAGUAUUUUUGCACUGAUAUGUCACUUGUGUUUUUGUAUCUUGCAUGGUAUUUCUGCAGCCUCCCUUGCCUUGAACUGUGCAGUCUAGUGAUGAAAAUGGAAACAUCUUUUAUACAUUAAACUACUCUUUCAAAUACUGGUUAUAUCUGCAUUACUUAACAGGUCAGGAUUUUUUUGCACCCUGAAAGCAGCUGAAUCAUUGUUAGAUAAGUAUACAGAGCUUGUAGCUUAGAAAAGGACAAACUAUUUAUUGAUAUGCAUGCUCUGUGCUACAUCUACAACUUGUAUUGAAUCAUAA